AUGGCUCCUUCCUCCAGGCCCGAUGGCCAUCUCAACCUCAACUACCUUCCUGCUUCGCAACCAAUGUCCGGCACCUCGACCGGAAGCUCGUCGCCGAAUGAGCAGCCGGGAUCAAAUUCUAUGAAAUCCUCCUUUGGAAGUUCAAAUGGGUUGAAUAACGCUGGAGGACCUCUCGGAAAUGCCAGGAUCGGGGCUGGUUCCCCUUCUCAUGACCUUGGCGCUCGUUUGUUCUCGAAGAGAGCUCGAGAGAUUCAGGCUCAAGAAGGACUUGCUCCAAAUAUCUGGGGCCCUCCAACUAGCGGCAACUCGACGCCACUUCGAGAGAACAUCCCGGAAUCCCCAAGUCAAGAUGAAUUCCCUGACUUUGUUUCUGCGCCAGAAGGCAAUCUUACCAGUCCUGCUCGAAGAACGAGAGCAGGAACAGUUCCUUCCCGUUUUUCUCCAGUUGGCACGUUAAAUGGUGUUGGUGCCCAAUCGUUUACGUCAAAAACAUCGAGGCCCACACCGUCAACAAGCCCGUUCCGACCCCCUGCGGUGGCAGGCAUCGACUCCUCUAGCAGACCUUCGGGUGCUGGGAGCGGAAACAAUACAGCCUUACUUUCACGCCUUCGUGCCGGGUCCAUGCCACAACGUACAAGUGUGCUUGGAGGUUCGAACCCUUUUGGCCCUUCUUUGUUUUCCACCAACUGGUCAUCGGGGAGAGAGAGAGCAACUACUUUAACAAGUAUCAGAUCAUCGGAGGGACCCACGUCACCGGCCCAGUCAUCAUUUUCAAGAGAUGGUCUCGCGGACGCGGACGUUAAAACUUUAGACUACCUUGGUCUUGCUGAAACUCCACAGCAGGCCCGAGCACAACUUGUGCGCCCAUCUGUCGACCAGCUCAUGCAACAGCAACAGCAGCAGCAGCAACAGACAUCCACUUUACCCCCGCUUCUUGCUGACCUGGUAAUGAUGAAUAAAAAUUCCAACCGCUUCCGCUCCUAUUCUGUAAAUGCGAAGGAGAAAUAUGCCGAAGAUGACGAGGACCAUUAUGGGCUUCCGUAUGCGGGUGUUCCGUCCGGGACAUUAACACCUUCAGCUGCCGCAACUGCUGCCCAAUUAGCCGCGACCCAGGCACAAAUUCAUCAACACAAUUUGGCGGUCCAGGCAUUUGCCAAUCAUGCAUCUGCGAGUCGUCCACGUGCCCGCACUGCUGGAGUUUUGGAUACUCCUGCUCAGCGCUCAUCGAUCCGCAACUAUCUAGCCACUCCAUCCAGACUUGAUAAUAGCCUUAGCAUUGCAGACCUACGGAUUUCGGAGACAGCAGAAUAUGACGAUCUCCCAGAAGCAGUUCAGAUGUUGCAGUUGGGUGGCAUGCAAAGUUUACGACAAGGCCAGGAGAUCUUGGAUGAAACUAAUCUAGAUGGUCCUACUCGAGCAUUGUGGAUUGGCAGCAUUCCCGUCUCAACAACGGUGACUUCCCUUGACGCUAUUUUCAAUGUGUAUGGCAAAAUCGAGUCGACCAGGGUUCUGACCCACAAGAACUGCGGAUUCGUGAAUUUUGAACGAGUAGAAAGUGCGAUUCAAGCUAAGUCCCUUCUGAAUGGCAAAGAAAUAUUCCCAGGUGCUGGACCAGUACGGAUCGGCUAUGCGAAAGUGCCGGGAACAUCUGGUACCGGCACCCCUGGCCAAAACGGUGACCACCAAUCGCCCACUCCUGACCCAACCUCCAGUGGCUUAGGUCGUGGUGGAAAUAAUCCGGAUGUGCAAGAUGGGACUUCAGGGACGGACACUGCAAAUGGCCCUGGCCCUAAUAUACCGACUAUUCCACAGUUGGCCGAAUUGCAACCAGAAAUGACACAGAUCGUUGCCGAAUUUGAUGCAUCGGAAGGAGAGUGUCAAAGCAUUACAGAGAGCAUUCAGCGAGCUGUGGCCUUUAAGUCAUUUGUGGACGAAAUUCCUCCAAUUCCAGAACCAAGUCAAACUCGGGUCUAUGAUGCCCCUAGACUCCGGGAUAUUCGAAAGCGGAUUGACAACGGCACGCUUGCAGUGAACGAAACCGAGGAGACAGCAAACGGGAUGCUUCCUGAAAUCGCGGAAUUGUCAUCCGAUUAUCUUGGCAACACGGUUGUCCAAAAGUUAUUUGAAUACUGCUCAGAGCCCACCAAAGAAAAAAUGUUGGCUGAAAUUGCUCCUCACCUUGCUGAGAUUGGCGUACACAAGAAUGGAACCUGGGCUGCACAGAAGAUUAUCGACGUUGCCAAGGACCCGAAGCAGAAACAGAUGAUUGUAGAGAGUCUUCGUCCGUACACUGUGCCACUAUUCUUAGAUCAGUAUGGCAAUUACGUGCUGCAAUGCUGUUUGCGCUUUGGACCUCCAUAUACCGAUUUUAUCUUUGAAUCUAUGCUCAGUCGGAUGUGGGAGAUCGCCCAAGGCAGAUUUGGUGCCCGCGCUAUGAGGGCUUGCUUGGAGAGCCAUCACGCCACCAAAGAUCAACAGCGAAUGCUAGCUGCGGCUAUUGCUCUUCACAGCGUCCAGUUGGCGACCAAUGCAAAUGGUGCGCUAUUGCUUACUUGGUUUCUUGAUACAUGCACGUUUCCAUGUCGACGUACUGUUCUUGCCCCUCGCCUAGUUCCCCAUCUUGUCCAUCUCUGUACCCACAAGGUUGCCUAUUUGACGGUACUCAAGGUGAUCAACCAAAGGAACGAACCGGAAGCUCGCGAAACAGUUCUCAAAGCUCUGUUCUACAGUCCUGGAGAUGAAACUUUGGAACAAAUUCUCAGCGACCAGACUUCUGGUGCAACAUUUAUUUUUAAAGUUCUUACAACACCCUUCUUUGAUGAGAGCAUGCGCACUGAAGUUGUUCAGACUGUCGCCAAAGUACUAACAAAAUUGAAAACAACACCAAGCCAAGGUUAUAAACGACUAAUGGACGAAGUUGGGCUGUCCUCCCGGGGUGGAGGAAGCUCUCGGGAUAAUCAUCAUUCUAGGGAGAACCAAAAUGCCCAUAAUUCUAACAAUGAAAAGAACCAACGCCGACCCUCAUCAUCUCGACAAGCAAAUGCCAAUAGUUAUACUUCACAGUCACAACCAGAAAGACAAUUCGGUGGACAGUUUGCCCCAGUCCUACAGCCCCAGUCCUUUGAUUCUCCAACUGCCAUGGCACGAUCUAUUUCGUCAGAGCAGAGCCUUCCUCCUUAUGAUGUUUACGGUAUGACUGCAAUGAAUGGCGUCAAUGGACUCAUGAAUUUGUCUUCGAUGAGCAACAACCCCGGCUUUCCCCAGGAGCCUAUCCUCCCGAUAAACCAACUCCAAUACCAGACAUUCCUCGCCUCCCAAACACGUGGUAUGUCCCCUGGUGGGUUUUAUGCGCCGCAGAUGGCAGGGGCGACUUUCAAUGGCUUUCCAUCAGCACCAACUGCUCUGGACAGCUUUCGGGCCUUGCAACCGCAUUCAUCACCUCUUUCCGGGCCUCCACCGCAAAUAAGCUCAAGUCCAAUGCUUCACCAACCCCCAUUUGCACCUCCUCAGUUCACCGCGGCUGUGAAUAAUACUCAUAUGUAUUCUUCCUACCCACAGCAGUCCUAUCAAUCUCAUGCCAUCCAGGUUCCACCACCUGGCGGACGCCGUGGACGUGUAAGUAUUCAUCUCGUUGCCCUUUGA